GCGGCGGAGGCAAUAACGCAAGACCUAUGGGCAAGCAAGCCGCCAUUCACAAAUGCGUCAUCUACACCUUCGAAUGCGACUUCUAAUCUAUUUUCCGGAAGUCCGACAGCUACCUCUCCGCACCACCCCCACCCCCCGCGCGGUGGGAGCGGGACUGGAUUAGAUUCGGAAUGGCCGGUGCACGGUUCCUCUCAGGCACAGAGUCAGCAAAUCCAGUCGCGACCUAGCACAGGACAGGGAGGAUCGGAUACCGCUUGGCUGGAUUAUUUCUCUAGCGCCCCCGCUUCUGGGUCAGUACCCAGGGCGGGGGCGGGCGUAUCCUCGUCUCCAAACAUCAACUCGGCCGCAAGCAAUGCAAGUUCAGCAGCCGGAUCAUCAUUGACGGCUGCGGGCUCGUCUUCGACAGCGACGCUUUCCACGAAUGCAUCGACUCUUGGAAAGCGGACGCGCUCGGACUCAUAUCUAGGCGGUGGUGUCGACAAGGAAGACGGACCUGGGCAACGGGUAAAGGAGGAGGAACCAAGCGAUGGCGGAGCGGGUGCUGCAGGUGGCAUGGGCCCUCGACACUCAUUAUACAGCUAUAUGGCUAAACAACUAUAA